AUGGACAGCAACAAAGAGCCAACAGAAAAAGGGGAAGCCAGCAACAAGGAUGUGAUAACAGGCAAGCAAGCUCAAGAAAAGGAAGACCAACCACAAAUCUCAAAAAAAGGGAAGGAAGCAAUGGAAGAACCAACCAAGGAUCACAAGCAGGGAGUGAGCUUUACACCUCCACUGCCAUAUCCCCAAAGAUUCAAUAAAGAAACCAAGGAUCAACACUUCUAUAAAUUUCUUGAGGUUUUCAAGAGGCUGGAGAUAAACAUCCCUUUGGCUGAGGCAUUAGAUCAAAUGCCUCUAUAUGUGAAAUUCCUGAAAGAUCUCAUCAAUAAGAAGAGAAGUUGGCAUGAGAAAGAAACUAUAUUGCUCACUGAAGAAGGCAAGGCAUUAAUUCAAAAAGGGCUUCCACCCAAACUUGAAGAUCCUGGAAGUUUCUUUCUGCCUUGUACCAUUGGAAGAUUGAGCAUCAACAAGGCAAUGUGUGAUUUAGGGGCAAACUUUGUGGUCUUAGACUCAGAUAAGGAUGAAGGUGAUUCCAUUAUACUGGGGAGACCAUUCUUGGCCACUGCUAGGGCCAUUAUAGACGUGGAGCAGGGAGAGCUUACCCUCAGAAUGCAUGAUGAAAGCAUCACCUUGAAUGUCUUUCCAGGGACACAGUUCAGAGAUGAAAAGAAAAACUGCAUAGAAAUUGACAAAGAGGACUUGCAGUGGAAGGAAGGAACUAGCAAGGAAAUCACUGAUUAUUUUCCAAGGCAAGAAAUAAACAACAUAGUAAGGCAAAAGGAGAAUGAGACUGUGCAAGGCGAAGAGGGAAAUCAAGAAGAAAUUGAAGUGUUAACCACUGAGAAGAAAAACCCCAAGGUGAAGCCUAUUGUCAAGGAAGAAGGAUCAACAAAAAGAAGAAAGAAAAGCAAGAAAAAGACUCAAAAGGGAUGGGAGAACAAGAAGAUCCCUACUGAGGGAUUUUCCAAGGGUGAUGAAGUAUAG